GGGCCCCCCCGGCCCCGGGAUUGGCGGGCGCCGCACUCGGAGCGUUGCGGCGCGGCCGUGCCCGCAGCGGAGCUGUCCGCGGUGCUGACCGCCGCCGGCCAUGGGCUCGCCGCCGCCCGCCCUGCUGCUGCCGCUCCUCGCCGCGCUGCUCCGCGCACCGGCCCACGGCUUCAAUGGGCUGGCAAGGAAGGCUGGGGAGAGCGCUGAGGCCGAGGGGGAGCCGACGGCACUGCCCACACCGGCGGAGCGGGAGGCGGAGGCUCGCUUCGUGAGCACAGCACCCACGCUGAAGCUCCUCAACCACCACCCGCUGCUGGAGGACCUGCUGCACGAAGCCUUCCUGAAGAAGGACUACCUGGGCCAGGCACCAUUCCUGCCUGCUGGCCCUGGCCCCCUCCUGCCUGCCAGCGCCCUCGAGCCAGCCCCUGGCCCCCCAGCCCCCGAGCCCCCACCACGCACCCCCGCCCUGCCCAGGGCUGCCUUCCCCACUGACCCGCUGACCACCCCGGCAGGGCGCCCGGGGCUGUGGGGGGAGGCGUGGGGGGCUGUGCCAGGUGCUGACCCUUCAUGGUCCCCCGCCGGGGUGCUGGAGUCGGGUCCUGCAUCUUCCAGCCAGGCACCCGCCACCCCUAGCACAUCCCUGGGACCCCGCGCUGGGACCACCAUGGUCCCCGGGGAUGAGGAGGGGACCACCACCACCUCCACCAUCACCACCACCACCGUCACCACACUGCAGGGUCCAGUCCCCUGCAACCGGACGCUGGCAGGCCCUGAGGGCUGGCUGGUGUCCCCGGAGCUGGCCGGUGUCCCCUACGAUGGCAGCCUGGACUGUACCUACACCGUCACCGUCUACCCUGGCUAUGGUGUGGAGCUCAAGGUACACAACAUCAGCCUGGUGGAGGGGGAGACGCUGACGGUGGAGAGCGCGGGGGGCCUGGAGCCCACCCUCCUGGCCAAUGAGUCCUUCCUGCUGCGGGGCCAGGUCAUCCGCAGCCCUGCCAACCUCCUCACCCUCCGCUUCCAGAGCCCCCGGCCCCCCAGCCCCGGCUCCUACCGCUUCCACUACCAAGCCUACCUGCUGAGCUGCCCCUUCCCGGCACGGCCGGCUUUCGGGGAGGUCUCUGUCAGCAGCCUGCACCCCGGCGGGGAUGCCCGCUUCCGCUGCGCUGCCGGCUACCAGCUGCAAGGUGCCCACCGGCUCACCUGCCGCAAUGCCACCCGGCCCUUCUGGAGUGCCCGUGAGCCCCUCUGCCUCGCGGCGUGUGGCGGGGUGGUCCGGAAUGCCACGGUGGGACGCAUCGUCUCGCCCGGCUUCCCUGGGAACUACAGCAACAACCUGACAUGCCACUGGCUGCUGGAGGCGCCUGCCAGCCACCGCCUGCACCUCCAUUUCGAGAAGGUCUCACUGGCAGAGGAUGAUGACAGGCUCAUUAUCCGCAACGGCAACAACGUGGAGGCACCGCCGGUGUACGACUCCUACGAGGUGGAGUACCUGCCCAUUGAGGGGCUGCUCAGCACCGGGCGCCACUUCUUUGUGGAGCUCACCACCGACAGCAGCGGGGCCGCUGCAGGCAUGGCACUGCGCUAUGAGGCCUUUGAGCAGGGACAUUGCUACGAGCCCUUUGUCAAGUACGGGAACUUCACGGCCAGCGACCCCCGGUACCCCGUGGGCACCACAGUGGAGUUCAGCUGCGACCCUGGCUACACGCUGGAGCAGGGCUCCACCGUCAUCGAGUGCGUCGACCCCAGUGACCCACAGUGGAACGAGACGGAGCCAGCGUGUCGCGCGGUGUGCAGUGGGGAGCUGACGGACACGGCCGGUGUGGUGCUGUCACCCAACUGGCCGGAGGCAUACGGCAAGGGCCAGGACUGCAUCUGGGGGCUGCACGUGGAGGAGGACAAGCGCAUCAUGCUGGAUGUCCGCGUGCUGCGGCUGGGGAUGGGGGACGUGCUGACCUUCUACGAUGGGGACGACCUGACAGCCCGCAUCCUGGGCCAGUACACGGGCACCCGCGGCCGUUUCAAGCUCUACGCCUCCACUGCCGAUGUCACCGUCCAGUUCCAGUCUGACCCUGGCACCGGUGCCUUUGGCUACCAGCAGGGCUUUGUCAUCCAUUUCUCCGAGGUCCCCCGUAACGACACCUGCCCUGAGCUGCCAGACAUUGCCAAUGGCUGGAAGACGUCCUCGCAGCCGGAGCUGCUCCAUGGCACCGUGGUCACCUACCAUUGCUACCCUGGCUUCCAACUGGCUGGCACCGACCUCCUGAUGUGUCACUGGGACCUGACGUGGAGCGGUGACCUGCCCACCUGCGAGCGGGUGACCUCCUGCCGGGACCCCGGGGAUGCUGAGCACAGCCGCAGGGUGGUCUCCAGCCCUAAAUUCCCAGUGGGAGCCACUGUGCAGUAUGUCUGCGACAAGGGCUACAUCCUGGCGGGUGCUGGGACCCUCACCUGCCACGACCGCGCUGCGGGGGGACCCAAGUGGAGUGACCGUCUCCCCAAGUGCAUCCCGGAGACCUACGAGCCCUGCCACAACCCCGGCGUGCCGGCGGGCGGGCGGCAGAGCCCCGAGUGGCGGCUGUACCCGGCCGGAGCCACCUUGCGCUUCUCCUGCACUGCUGGCCGGGCACUGCUGGGCGAGGGCAGCCUGCGCUGCCUGCCCGGGCACCCCUCGCGCUGGAGCGGCUCACCUCCCAUCUGCAAGGCGGCUUCCUAUGAUGACUUUUACAGCAACCGCAACCUGGAUGCUGUGGCCAAGGCCGUGCCCUCGGGGACGGGGCUGGAGGGCACCAACGUCGCCAUCGCUGUCUUCCUGCCCAUACUGGUGGUGGCCCUGCUCAUCGGAGGCAUUUACCUCUACUUCUCCAAGCUCCAGGGGAAGCCAGCCCUGCAGCUGCCCCUCGCUGGCUCCCACCCCUAUGACCAUAUCACCGUGGAGUCGGCAUUCGACAACCCCACCUACGAGACAGGAUCUGUUUUCUUUGCAGGACACGAGGGAGUAUGAGGUGUCCAUCUAGGCGUGGGCAGCGUGGAGCUGGGCGCUGCAGCCACACCACCUGGGCCUCCCCGGGCCCACCGGCACCCCCGUGCCCGCCGGCCCCCCGCCACGGCCCAGGCCCACCUCUCCCGGGGAGGUUCAAACCAAGCACUCGGUGGGAGCGACCCAGGCACCAGCCACCCCCCUGCCACCCCUAACCCACCUGGACCCCGGUGGGGUCGGUCUGAGCCCCGCUGCCCCCCCUGCCCUGGACUCCUGGGGUGCUGAGCCGGCGGGGGUCCCCAGGCCUCAUCCUGCCCCCUGGCCCCGUGACGGAGGUGGGGACCCAGGCAGGGGGAGCGGGGCUGUGGGGACCCCCAGCUGAGGACAGGGCUCCCCGGGGCUGCAGCGGGGAGGGGGCAGCGGGAUGUCCUGCAAAGCCCCCUUGGGGGGGGUGUCCUUGUGUGGCUAUGGGGGUGCCCCCUACCCUUCACCCACCCCCAGCACAGGGUCUGCCCCCCCACACCCCCGUGUCUCCCACUGCUGCCACGCAGGCACGUGUGUCCCCCCCGUGCCCCGAGCAUGCUGCGCGCCCCCGGCCCCCCCCGGCUUGCUUCACCCUCCCUGGGGUGCCCCCCCCCGGCCACCGGCCCGGUGCCCCAGCAGGGUGCCAGCCCGGGGCGACGGCGGGCGGCAGCGGGCAUGGCUCUGCCCCCCGCCCGGGCUGAUGGGCCCGGUCCCGGCCCCAGCCGCCCCCCCCCGGCCUGGAGCGGGCACCCCCCUCCAUCUUUUGGUUGUUUCAUUAAUAAAAACUGGUGUUUUAGAAGAA